AUGGACCAGCACGACAUUAUGCCGGUGACCGUAAAAGUCGACCUGUGCGGGCCAGUGAGCGGACCACGCUGGGGGAGCGUUUUGAUGCAGUCCAUCUCCUUCGCCUUUGCCAACAGGGGGCUCACAGACAUAUUGCCAGUGUAUUUCCGAAUUGCUACAGGGAAAGCUGUCAAAACAGACUGGCAGGUGCCAGUCCUCCACAGGUGCCUGUCGCACAUCAUGAAAAAUGCAAAGGAGAUGUGCAAAAAACAUGCCCCACAGUGUUAUGCCUUGGAAAUGCACAUAUUUGGCCUCUUUACCACAGCUAGCACUGUACAUGAACUGGAGGACAUGGUGGCGGCCCUAGUUCCUCCUUCGACAGACCUCGAUGAGUACUCGUCUGUAGGGGGGGGGGGGGGGGGGGGCGGGGGUGUUGUGUGGAGAGGUGUUGGCGCUCUUGGGAGAGGCGGCCUGGACACCUCUGCAGUAAGGAUAGGCGCUCUUGGGAGAGGCGGCCUAGGCCCUUCUGCAGUCUGCUUUACACUCCUGGGGAUCAGGCGCUCUUGGGAGAGGCUGCCUGCCCAGUCCCACACAGGACAGCCGCUCACCUCUCACUGUCCCGGGACACUGCAGCUCCAGGACCGGGUGCAUCCAUGCCUGCCAACCGCGCCGUGUCUCUGCGGCCGUGAGAAAGGAGGUGAAACCGGGCGACGGCACACCGCCACGGAGAUGUCCUUACCGGGGUACAACAGCCAUGGCUCCACGCUGAACGGUCCGGCGCAGAGCUAUCCUCCGACGUACCCACCUUCAACCUACUAUGGAGCACCCCCAACCCCUCCUCAGGGCUACCCCAGCAAACCUCAACCCUCCAGUGCGCCAUCCAUUCAGUACUAUUACCAGAACAACCACAUCCCAGCACAGACGCAUCCUGUAAUCACCUCUGCUCCCCCACUACAACAGUACCCCUCUGGCCCUCUUCCCACGGGCCCACCGGCCUGCCCAGAGUACAGUCAGCAGAGUGCCUAUAACACACCAGAGUCCUACCACAGUUACCAGAGCUACGUCGCUGCUCCUCCUGCGCUCCAGCCCAUAAGGCAGCAGUACACGAACACCCCCGCCUCUGCCUGUGCUGCCGGCACAUACACCCCCCAGGCGCAGAGCAGCCUGGGCGGGCUGCUGCCUGUUCAGACUUCUGCCCCCCUGCACCAGUACAGCCCUGUGAGGCGACCUCCCAGUGAAAGCAGCAGUGCCACACUGGGCCACCAGCAAACUGCAAUCAACGGGCAGCCGCAGGGCUCACCUCCUCAGCCUCAGUAUGCAGUAUACAAGGGGACCAGCGGCCCCUCGGAGCCAGCAGAGUCUUCCUCCAGCUCUGAGGAUGACGACCUGGACGAUGACGAGGAUGAAGAUGAAGAAGCAGGCGGCGACACGUCCUCUUCCAGCACUGGAACUGCCUCCCCUGUGCCCAACAGUUACAACUCGCUGGAAGAAGGCAACUAUCCAGGUACUGCCCACCAAAACCUGACUUCUGUUAUCUAG